CCGGAGCUCUGCCCCUGGGAGAGCUGCCCGGCUGAGGGGGCACCGGAGGGUACCAUGAGCGGCGGCAGGUUUGAUUUGUAUGAUGGAGGUGCCUAUUGCGGGGGCUGGGAAGGGGGCAAAGCCCACGGGCAUGGCAUCUGCACCGGCCCCAAGGGCCAGGGCGAGUACUCGGGCUCCUGGAACUACGGCUUCGAAGUGGUGGGCAUAUACACAUGGCCCAGUGGCAACACCUACGAAGGCUACUGGUCCCAAGGCAAGAGGCACGGCCUAGGAAUCGAGACCAAAGGACGGUGGGUUUACAGAGGCGAGUGGACCCAUGGCUUUAAGGGACGGUACGGCACGAGGCAGAGCACGAGCAGCGGAGCCAAGUACGAAGGUACCUGGAAUAAUGGCCUGCAGGAUGGCUAUGGCACCGAGACAUAUGCUGACGGAGGCACGUACCAGGGCCAGUUCACCAACGGCAUGCGGCACGGCUACGGGGUACGGCAGAGCGUGCCCUACGGCAUGGCCUCCGUGGUCCGCUCCCCGCUGCGCACCUCCCUCUCCUCCCUGCGGAGCGAGCACAGCAAUGGCACCCUGCCCCAGCAGGACUCCCCCGCUGCCAACCCCGAGAACCUGCCCCUCUCGCCCACCAUCACCCGUGGGGGCUUCGCCCUCAGCCUCUACGCGGAGGCGGAGGCCGGCAAGCCCAAAAAGGGGGGGCUCUUCCGCAGGGGCUCCUUGCUGGGGAAGCUGAAGAAGUCUGAGUCCAAGUCAUCCCUGGCCAGCCAGAAAAGCCGCGUCAGCUUCCUCAAGAGUGAGAGUGGAAUCAGCUCGGCCGCCAGCGACGCCACCUCCACUGUCAGCCUGGGCGAGGGCGCUGAGGGUGAGGAGUACCCCCCCUUUGAGUCCGACAUCGAUGCCACCACCACAGAGACCUACAUGGGCGAGUGGAAGAACGACAAGCGUGCCGGCUUUGGUGUCAGCGAGCGCUCCAGCGGGCUGAAGUAUGAGGGCGAGUGGCUGGACAACCUGCGGCACGGCUACGGCUGCACCACGCUGCCCGAUGGCAAGAAGGAGGAGGGCAAGUACCGCCACAAUGUCCUCGUCAAGGGCAUGAAGAAGCGUGUGAUACCCCUCAAGAGCGCCAAGAUCCGGCAGAAGGUGGACAGGAGCGUGGAGGGCGCUCAGAGGGCCGCGGCCAUCGCCCGGCAGAAGUCAGAGAUCGCAGCAUCCAGGACGGCUCAUGCCAAAGCCAAGGCUGAAGGGUCUGAGCAGGCAGCUCAGGCAGCUAACAACGAAUCAGGCAUAGCCAGAAUGAUGGCCAGGGAGCUCUCCCCGGACUUCUACCAGCCAGGCCCCGAGUACCAGAAGCGGAAGCUGCUGCAGGAGAUCAUGGAGAACACAGUGCACGCUGUCAACAUGGAGGAGGAGCCUCAGAAAAAGCCUGAUUUAGCCUCCUUAGCAGGAGUUUGCAGGGGAGAAAUAGGAAUAGGGAUUGAUAGAUAUUCAACUAGUUUGAAAUUCAGGCUGGUGGUGAAGUGCCAGAUUUAUGUACGUUGGAAGGGGGCGAUUCUGGUGGUUUUGAACAGCAGAAUCAAGCUGUAUCUGUCUCUUCACCUGGAAUUGCAGUGUAUAAUACUCUGUUUUGGGUUUUUCCUUCAGGGACCUAACACAAUCGUGAUCUGCAUGGUCAUCUUAUUGAACAUUGGUCUGGCCAUCCUAUUUGUACAUUUUUUGACAUGAUGUGCCCCUCGGACAAGGCGUUGCUGCUGAUGGAGACCACAGACCUCGGCAGGGAUUAAAUCUCAGCCACCUGGAAACACCUAAGAGGAGGACUUGAGAUCCCAAGGUUGCACUGCAAACAUGAACCUUAAACAAAAGUGCCUGAAGAUCAGUUCAGUCUCCCUGCUCCCAGGCUGUGGCUGGCCUCUGCAAUCUACCAAGGAAAAGCCAGGGUUUCUGCAAUUCAACCUCCUUCUCUUCUUUGUAUAAAAUAGCAGUUGCCUUAAAUUGUUCUCACCAAAGCCAUCAACUGUCCUGUCAUGCCAGGGAUGAGGGAUUUAUCUGUAGCUGUAGGAAAACGAGUAAGAAGGUCUCAUCUGUGCACACUGAUGUGUUUUGUAACUCCUUUGGUUGACUCAGUGUCAGAGAUUUCCCGAAGAAUGUCAUCCGUGGCGUGGAGAUGAAGCAAUACACAGCAACCAAAAUGACUCAUGAGAGCCGCGCCACGGCUAGGGGCGGACAACAUCGCCCUCCAUGCUUGGAAGUCAUCCAAAGGGAUGAACAAAAAGUGUUUCCUUUCCCCAUUGCCUGGAGUCGUUUUCCACGUAUGGAGGACUGAGAGGGGGAGCAAGUUGAAAUUGGGCUUGUUGAAGAGUAACCAGAGUCCUGCCCAUGCCUGCUGACGUGCCACGGACGGGGGCCGCGGGGUGGGGUGCGAGGGACUGGCUGAUCCGAGGCUGUUCGUGCAUGCGGGGGGUGCUACGGGUGGAGAUGGUCCCGUUUCAGGACCAGGCACCAUCCGAGCGCUCUCCUGCCACCAGCAAUGCUCCACGCAGAAGUGUCUUGCAGCGGAUGACUUCCCGCUCUAACAGUAAAGGAAAUAGAUGUGCUGAAUUUGUCCCUUUACCCCUUUUUUCUAUGAAAAUGGUGCAAGUUACAAUGAAAAUGAGGUACUUACUGAAAAAUACCUCCGUAUGCCCACAGGUUCCUCCCCUUCGUGCUCUGGGCUGCAGGGGGGCUCCUGUGCUCUUUCAUUGCAACAGAGUGAACAGACUUUCCAGCCAGAGGAUGCAGGGUGGCUGUCGUGGGAGAGGUUACGUUAUUCCCGAAAGGAAAAAGGUGCAGAGACCUGAGUGGCUCCAGUUCUUUGGGUGUUAGGCUCAAAAAUACGCAGCAGCCAGACUUUCAGCACUGGUAGAGUACAGAAGGGCAAUUCUAGCUGUUGUUCUUUUGUGUGAGGCUCAGAGGCCUGGGUGAUUUGCACCGAAUAUUCCCAAAGCUGCAAGAGAGAGUGACCUUUGGAAGGAGAUGUUUCCACCGUGAUCUGCUCUGAUCCUCUGCAGUGCGAGCUUAGAAAGUCAGCACAGAUGAAGUUACAGUUUAGUGUGAGGCUGAGUGCUUGGACAUGUUUCUUCCUUCUUCUAAAAGCAAUAUGUAUUUUCUAUCCAUUUUUAAGGUAAUCGGAAAUGUUAUUUAUAGUCGGUUGUGCACCUCUGUGUAUCCUGAAGUCCCACAGCACAGGACUGGGUGGGAAAACCUGAGGGACUGGAAAGAAUGGGGAAAUGAUGGUAAGGAAAAAAACAGAUGCCCAGUCUGCUCCAAAGGUCAAUCUGAAAGGAUUUCAGAGAUGGGGUGGCAGACAGGCAGGGCUCUACACUGACUGGAGACACAGGGCAAAACCUGCCUAAUUUAUCUGCUCUAAUUAUGGCAUAAGAGAGUGAGAAUAAUUCAGUACUUUUCUUUGUGAACCAAGUUUAUUUUUUAACCUUAUUCAGCUCAGGAACGUUGCCACAGUAGCAAAUACGUGGUGUUAACUGUGGGAGAAGUGAAUGUGAUCCCUUCCUAAAAGCCAUGUGGCUGUACCAGUCCUGAGAAAGCUGUGCAGCAUCAUCUACACUUCCACAGAGCAUAGUUUAGUAGCAAUUUGCUUCUUUCUUUUUUUCUUUUCUUAAGUAUAAAUGUAUUGCAAACCCCAGGCUCUGCUGCCUUUGACGUUUUAUCUCCAUUUGCUGGCAUUCACUUGCCAGCUCUGCGGUUUCAAUAUGCCAACUGCUUUUUUUAACCACCAAGACAAUUUCCGUUGAGAGACCUGAGGGGCUUUUAUUUAUCACUAAGCACAAAAAUGGAUCUUUUUCAACAGUGUUAAGGUAAUCCCCCCCCGCCCCCAUUUUUUAUGCAUGUGAUGCGCACUCGGUAACGUGCUUUCCUCCUAGUAACCUUCUGAGAAAAGUAGGUAGAUUUGCUUUUAUGUGAUGUAUAAAUAUAUCCAUAUUGCGCUGAGAUAUGGAUAUAUAUACACAUAUAUAUAGCCCCUUAGGGAUUUCGUUUUCUUAGAUGCAAAAUAACAGAUUUACCUCAAACUGCAUGCUUUCAAAACUGACUAGGAUAUUGUGUUAUACUUUUCAGGUCUUACAAAGAUGCAGAUACAUUUCACUCUUCACACAAAAAUGCCUUCAUCACAGAUUUUACAAGCUGUUUACUACAAUCUGUGUACUACUGUCUGGAGUUUUCUGUCGGUUGUUCUGCUGGAUUACGUGCAAUAAUAAACAGUUAUCUGCUCACUGUA